GGGUCGGUGCGCGCUUGGCGGCUGCUCGCUGCUCGCCCUCGGAGCCCUCUGCUCUUCUUGCGGCGGGGAAGAAGCCCCCGGAUCGAGGUCCUCCGCGUGCGGUUGCUUGCAAGGCUCCGGGGAAACUGGCUGGCUCCCCCGGAUCUCGGCGGCUGCUGCUGAAUUCCACCAUGUGCUCUUCAGACGCUAGGAGACACUAUUCGUGGUUCAGCCACAGAAUGUUCUCUUAGUACUGGACAGCUGGCUCUGGGUGCCCAGAUUGGGCUGCUAGUCCAGCAGCAGUGAGGUUGACCCAUUUUGCCUCUGGAAUCUGCCCAGGCAAUGGACUCCCACAUGGACCUGCUGACAGAGCUUCAGCUGCUGGAUAAGGUACCAACACUAGAGCGGCUCCGGGCAGCCCAGAAACGCAGGGCUCAACAGCUGAAGAAGUGGGCACAGUACGAGAAGGAGAUGCAGCACAAAAAGAGGAAACAUGAGAAGAGGAGGAAUGUGAUCAGCCGCAAGAAGGUUUCGUUUGAGGCCAGCGUUGCACUGCUGGAGGCGUCAUUAAGGAAUGAUGUUGAGGAAGUCUGUUAUUUAUUGAACAACAACUUCAGCCCUGACCUGUGUAAUGAAGAUGGAUUAACUGCACUGCAUCAGUGCUGCAUAGACAACUAUGAAGAAAUAGUCAAGCUUCUCCUGAACCAUGGAGCCAAUGUCAAUGCAAAGGACAAUGAAUUAUGGACUCCUCUUCAUGCAGCAGCAACCUGUGGGCAUAUCAACUUGGUGAAGAUCCUGAUUCAGCAUGGGGCAGACCUACUGGCUGUGAAUGCAGAUGGAAACAUGCCAUAUGACCUCUGCGAAGAUGAGCCAACCUUAGAUGUUAUUGAGACCUGCAUGGCAUACCAGGGAAUCACCCAGGAGAAGAUCAAUGAGAUGCGGGCUGCCCCCGAGCAGGCAAUGGUUGGCGAUAUCACAGAGUUGAUAGCAACGGGGCAGGAUCUGAACACAUCUGAUGAACAAGGUGCUACACUGUUACAUAUAGCUGCAGCCAAUGGCUACCUUCAUGCAGCAGAGAUUCUUCUAGACCAUGGAGCAAGGCUGGACCUCCGAGACUGGGAUAGCUGGGAGCCCCUCCAUGCUGCUGCCUUCUGGGGACAUAUGCAGAUGGCUGAGUUGUUGGUGUCCCAUGGUGCAAGUUUGAGUGCCCGGACUGCCCUGGAUGAGAUGCCAAUAGACCUCUGUGAAGAAGAGGAGUUUAAGGUUCUGCUUUUGGAACUGAAGCAUAAGCAUGAUGUCAUCAUGAAAUCUCAGAUGAGACACAAAUCCUCGUUGAGCAGGAGGACGUCCAGCACUGGAAGCAGAGGGAAAGUGGUUCGGAGGGCAAGCCUUUCUGACCGAACAAACCUUUACAGAAAGGAGUAUGAGAAGGAAGCCAUUGUCUGGCAGCAAAUAGAAUCUUCUGAAGAGCAGAGAACCUCUGGGUACAACGGUGACCUCAGGGAAGUUUGCUCCAAUCAAGAAAACACAGAUCCGAACUCUGCCACAGAUACACCCACAUUUCUUCCUGAGUUGGCAUCCAAAAGCACGCAAUGUGACUCAGAAACUCUGCUCCAGAAUGGGCUGAGCUUAUCCUCUGCCACUUACCAAUAUUCUAUCCCCAAUGGAGAUGUUUGGAACAUGCAUUCUGUUGUAGACAACAAUACUAGCCAAGCACUGCCCUAUGAUAGCCCUGGGGUCCCAGAUGUUCAUCAAAUCUGGGGGGGCUACAAAGAAAGGAGCCAUCAAACUCUCUCGGAGCUGAAACGGCAGAGGGCUGCAGCCAAGCUUCUCAAUCACCCCUUCAUCAGUACACACUUUGGCAGCAACGUGGGAGGCACAACAGAAAACGGGGGAGAAGCAAAAGAGCACUUGAUCAAUUCCAGGACUCCUUCGUAUACAGCCAAUGGGACCUCAGUUUAUUACACAGUGUCGAGUGGUGACCCACCUCUCUUAAAAUUUAAAGCUCCCAUGGAAGAAAUGGAGGAGAAGGUGCAUGGGUGCUGCCGGAUUUCCUGAUCUAAGUUCAUUCCUAACUGGAGGAGAUAUACCAAGUUGGGCAGGGCAUGUUGCAUCCAUUCUUGAGUCUGGGCUGUUACCACUGCUAAAUGGGAGAAUCUGGACAAGUCAUUUGAAGCUCAGCCAGGUUUAUUCAUCUUUAGUACUUUACUUUGCUUUUGCAGUUCCUUUUUUAAAAAAUCAAGCAGCUAUAGGUGGCAAAGGGAAGUCCAGGAGGGGAGGCAACUCCUUAUUACAUGUGCAAGGCUACCAGAGUAAAAGCACUCUAAGCACAUUUCAUUUCAAAUCCCAUCUGAUUAAGAAUCCCUGCUUUCUGACCUUCCUGGGCACUCCUGAAAACUAACCCUUUGGGGACAAACCCUCUCAAAGCAUCCUUGGUGCAUCAUUACCUGAGGUGCAUAAUCCAAACCCAGCACUUUUUCCUUACGGGCAAACUUAGGUGACUGCUUAAGGACCCAGUUUGCUUGCCCAAAUGUGAGGCUUUUGCACACAAAGAUAAUGCACUUUAAUACCACCAGUCUGAACAUUUCACUUUUCAGGUGAUACCACAUUCAAGCCAUCAUCCCACCACCAAGUUUAUGAGCCAUCACUUCCUGAUGCACUUUUUGUAUACAAAUGGAGAGCUGCACAGGCCUCUGCAAGUUUUAUCCAGUUCCAAUUUAAAUUUUGUCAUAUUCCAGCAAGAGGAUACCACAUUUGGAUAUUCCCCAGGCUGCUAUAGGGGAAGCGUUGUGAGGGAAGGAUUAUCAAUCUAAACAUUAUUUCUUACCAAACUGACUCUUGUAAUAUCAUUUGGGUUAGCCUAUGAUACUCUAUGUCAUUUGGGUUAGCCUGUGAUACUAUGUCUGUUUAAAAUGGCUCUUAAACAUUAAAAACUGUGGCCAGUUUGUUUGGCGAAACAAUCCCUUAUUCUACUGUGAUCUUCAUAUCAGUUUCUGAUGUUCUCCAAUUUCUUCUUUUCUCAGCCAUUUUUUUUUCUGCUUGGCUAUUAAUGACAAUCUGUUGGCCUGGUCGUUGG